CUCUCGAACCCAUCUCUCUCACGCAGUCUCUGUUCUAAAGCAAUUGACAUUUAGUUUAUCUGAUCAAAGGAUAAACAUUUUGUUUUGUUUUUCUUAGCAGAAAAAAUGGAGCUUUGAUGGUCUCUCUCACGCAGUCUCUGUUCUAAAGCAUCUCGGCUCCCUUCUCGUAAGCUUCAUCUUCUUUGAUGUUUGUAGGAUACUAGAGAGUCUGUUCUAAAACUUGAAAUGUUAUGUGAGAUUUUUAAUGUUUAGAUCUCUAAUGUCUCUUGUGUGUUGGUUUGUUGAGAAAUGUAUUCAUUUCUAAUGGCGAAAUUAUUUCUAAUGAAUUCUCACUGCUCUGUUCUCUUUUAUGUUGCAGUCUUGUGCCGGUGAGUUCUCGGAUACAACAAGUCUCGGAAACCCAUCUCUUCCUUUGAGGUUUCGGCUCCCUUUGCUUUGAGGUCUCGGCUCCCUUUGCUUUGAGAUAUACGACGAGACAACAGCAUUAGAUACAUUCGCAUUGCUAACUGAGGAUGAUGAUAUGGAUUUGUUAGAAGAGGAAGAGCUCAUGUAUCAUAUGCCAGAAGAUGUUUAUGGAGUUACAAAUCUUCCUCCUCUUCCUCGACAAAUGCUCAGAACAAACAAAGGUGGAGGUUGGCGCCGUGUUCAGCGCCUCAUGUUUGAGAGUGACAAGCAAUGUUUUGACAUCUUAAGGAUGAAUCAAGGUACUUUUAAGAAUUUGUGCUUUAUGCUUCGACAAUACUACAAACUUGAAGAAUCACAAAACGUCUAUCAUGAAGAGAGUGUGGCAAUGUUUGUUGAAAUGGUUGCACAAGAUUUAACAGUUCGAGCUUUAGCUGAGAGAUAUCAACGUUCAGUAGAUACGGUGGAUAGAAAACUAGAUCAAGUUCUCUCUGCUCUAUUAAAGCUUGUUGCAGACAUCAUUAAGCCAUCAAUAGGAGAGUUUACUACUCCAAGUCCUGUUCUAGUAAACAAUGAUAGGUACAUGCCGUUUUUUGAAGACUGCAUUGGUGCUUUGGACGGAACUCACUUACCUGUUCGUCCUCCGUCUGAUAAUCCGGAACCGUACAGAGGCAGGAAAGGAGAACUGACAAUCAAUGUUCUCGCAAUAUGCAAUCUGAAAAUGCAAUUCAUCUACGCAUACGUGGGAGUUCCUGGUAGAGCUCAUGACACGAAAGUUCUUACACAUUGUGCGACACAUGAACCCUUCUUCCCUCAUCCACCAGAUGGUAAGUACUAUCUAGUUGAUUCCGGUUAUCCAACUAGAACCAGUUAUCUAGGUCCGCAUUGUAGAACUAGGUAUCAUCUUGACCAGUUUGCUAGGGGAGGACCACCAACAAACUCUAGAGAACUGUUUAACCGGAGGCAUGCUAGUUUACGUUCUGUGAUUGAAAGAACAUUUGGUGUUUGGAAAGCGAAGUGGAGGAUUUUAGAUAGAAAACAUCCGAAGUAUGAUGUUAUAAAGUGGGUGAAGAUUGUGACAGCAACUAUGGCACUUCACAAUUUUAUUCGAGAUUCAUCUGAUGAAGACUGUGAUUUCACUUAUUGGGAAACAAUAAAUGAGUAUGAACAUCAUGGUGACCAAGCAGUAGAAGAGCUUGAGCAUACUCCAUACCUUCCAUCUGGUGAUAGAGCAAUGGAUAUUCGACGUGAUGCAAUCACUGAAAGGAUAGCAAGAGGAAGCCGACUUCCAUAUUAGCUUCACAUAUGAUCAUCAAGCAGUCACUUCCUCCAGGUUUGAGUGUUCAAGACAUUUGAAGAUCUUCUUGAAGUCAAGGGAUUAUGUUUACUAUUGUUGAGACUUGAGUUUUUAUGUCAAGAGUUUAUGUGUCAGGUUUGAGUGUUUCAGUCUUUGAAUGUUUUGAGUCAAAACUUUGAGUUUUUAUUUUGUUAUUUUAAGACUUUGAAUUUUGAGUUUAAUGUUUAUUAUUGUUACUUUAUAAUGUUAUAAACCAUGAAAAAUUGAAUUUGAUAUUUA